GGGCUGCCUCGCCUGGCGCAGUCGUGCACCAUGGAUGUAUGUCGUGCACUGACUGAGCAGCCAACGAAAGUGAAGUUCCCGACAGCGCAAGCGCAAACAAACAGCAGCCAUGGCGGACGAGAAACCCAAGGAGGGAGUGAAGACGGAGACCAGUGAGCACAUCAACCUGAAGGUGGCCGGGCAAGAUGGCUCAGUGGUGCAAUUCAAGAUUAAAAGGCACACGCCUCUCAGCAAGUUGAUGAAGACUUACUGUGAACGACAGGGACUGUCGAUGAGGCAAAUAAGAUUUCGAUUUGACGGUCAGCCCAUCAAUGAGACAGACACGCCCUCGCAGCUAGAAAUGGAGGAUGAAGACACCAUUGAUGUGUUCCAACAGCAAACGGGAGGCUCUAUUUUCUAAAGCCUGCUUCCCAUUAGCACCCCUACCUCCCCACUCCUGAACCCUUUUCAUUAUACCCAUUCUUUAAAUUCCUCAUGACCAGUGUUAAUACCAUCCAGGGAAAUACUUUCACAAAAUGCACAUAGGCUGUAUUUACAGUUGUAUUUUGUAGUUUAUUUUAUAGUUGUUAUUCAGUUGUAUUUACAUCUGUCAUUUUUGUUUGACAUUUGUUUGUACAUGUAGGGUGUGCACAUCUUGUGAGCGGCAUUGAGUCUAAAUGUGCUGAAUAAAAUUGGACCUUUGUCAUGAUGUAUAUGUUUUAGUUCCUAGGUUCUUGUUUGAUUUUUAUACUUAACUGAAAUUUUGUUUCAGGGUUUUUUUUCUGUUUGGUAAACUUCUAAGAUCAUGGACAUGUUCAUUUUGAAAAUUUACCAUUGGAAUAAAGUGAGUCUUUAUGUAUAUAUAUAUAGAGAGAGAUAUGUUCCAAUGUGGUAUUGUUUUUUUUUUUUAUGAUUCAGGAACCUGGCCAUGCACACUUUUUCAGAGCUAAUUAUAUUACAAAAAUUGGAGAACAUUUUUCUGAGAAUAUUGCAGUAAACUGAUUAAAGAUGCAUAGCUAAAUCAUUU